AUGGGUGUACCUCCUCCGCCCGUCGAGAGCCCGCUCGACGCCAUCGGCAACACGCCAGCAGUCCGCCUCCGCCACGUCGUACCGUCCGGCCAUGCCAAAGUUUACGUCAAGCUAGAAAGCCUCAACCCGACAGGCAGCUACAAGGACCGCAUGGCUAAGAAGCUGAUCGAAGAAGCCGAGCGCCGCGGCACGCUCAAGCCGGGCAUGACCGUCACCGAGGCCACGGGCGGCAGCACUGGCUCAUCUCUCGCCUUCGUCUGCGCCGCCAAGGGCUACAAGUUCCAGGUCGCGUGCUCCAACGCCUUCGCCCAGGAAAAGCUGCGCACCAUGGCCGCCUUCGGCGCCCAAGUCGACAUCACCCACAGCCCCGACGGCACCGUCACAAAGGACCUCUUCCCGCGCAUGACCGAGCACGUCAAGGCCCUCGUCGCGGCGGACCCCGGCGCCUACUUCUGGACGCAGCAGUUCAGCAAUGCGGAUGCCUUCGCUGCGUACGCCGCCUUGGCCGAGGAGCUGGUGCAGCAGUUUCCCGGCGGCAUCGAUGCGUUCUGCAGCACCGUCGGCACCGCAGGGAUGGUCAUGGGCGUGGCUCGCGUGCUCAAGCCUCGGUGGCCGCACAUUCGCGUCGUCGUGUGCGAGCCGGACGGGUCGCCGUUUCUGACUGAGGGCCGGGCUGGGACGCAUUCCGUGGAAGGCGUGGCGAUUGGGUCUAUGCCGCCGCUUCUGGACCGCGCGUUGUACGAUGAAGCGAGGGCGAUCUCGGAGGAGGAGGGGCGGAGGAUGGCACGCCGUUUGGCGAAGGAGGAGGCUUUGCUGGUAGGGACCUCAACGGGUUUGAACGUUGUGGCUGCGGUUGAUUUGGCAAGAGAGCUGGGUCCGGGCAAGACUGUUGUGACGGUUUUGUGUGAUACGGGUCUGAAGUAUCUGAACAGCAAUCUCUUCUCUGAGGUGUAA